AACAAGUCCCUUAGCUCCCGCAGGCUCUCAUUACCUGCUCGCUAACAGGCUUGGUACUGACCUGCUGGGGCUUUAACCAAUCCACUGACAGAGGUCCCGGUGCACACACUACCCCCCAGUGCCCAUCUGGCCCCCCUAUGUAGCACCUGGUUUGGAGCUUUGCAGAUGGUCCCUGGCCGAGGUCACACGCCCCGCACUCUGCUCUGCUGCACUUUAGGGAGAUGUUUUUCAGGAGUUUCUGCUGUGCCCAGCGCCGGGUUCUGUGCUGGAAGUCCCUCAGUAUUAGCAGGACCCGCUAUAUCCAGAAGUGCCAAACCAAUGCUACCUCUUCCAGUCCUCCUGUGCCUAAAGUCUCCGAAUCUGCUCCUCAGGUCCAGGCCUCAGGGAACCCGCUCCUCAAACCGAACAUGAAGCAAUACUCCGGCUCUGUAUUCCUCUACACAAACCCAUCCGUUCUAGAGAACGUUGGGACGUCUCGUCCCCUUUUGCUCUUCCUUCCCUGGUUGGGAUCAAAACCCCAUUCCUACAAGAAGUAUAUCCAGCUAUAUUUCAAUCACGGCUUUGAUGUGCUGGUGGCGGAAAGCUCCCUGCAUCACUUUUUGUGGCCUCGCACGGGGCUGGAAUAUGCAGGUCAGUUGCUGGACCUCUUGAUGAAAGAGAAAGAGCUCUCAUCCCGCCCGCUCUGCGUACAUGCGAUUUCUAUAGGGGCGUACAUCUUUGCACAGAUGUUGGUGAAGUCAGCCAGUGGUCAACAGGAACAGCGGGAUACUCUGAAGAGGAUCCACGGUCAAGUGUUCGAUAGCCUUGUGAUAGGAAGCAUGGAGAAGAUGGCCGUAGGCGUAGCCACCAUGAUCAGCUACCCUGUCUUCAAGCCUCUGGUUGUCCGAGGAUCUCUGCUCUACUUCUCCCUUCUAAAAGCCCAAACAUCUGAUUACUACGAACAGGGUAUUCAGACGUUUUCAGAGAGCCCCAUCCCGUGCCCAGCUCUCUUUUUUUACUGUAUGAAUGAUCCAAUGAGUGACCAUGUUGCUGUGGAACAUCUUCUUUUAGACUGGAAGAGCCGUGGGAUCAAAGCUCAGGGAAAAAAGUGGAAGAGCUCUAUACAUGCAGGGCAUCUCCGGAAGCACACAAAGGAGUAUACGGAGACCCUGGACAGCUUCCUUCAGGAGUUGCAGGUCAGCUCCCCAAAAUCUAAGCUAUGAAUUAGUGAAGAUCUCUAGGCACUCUGGAACUUUGUACAAGAAAGUGUUGAAACUCGUGCACAAUUUGGUAGUUUUUUAUUUAUCCACAAGGGUCCAACGUUAUUCCUCGAACUUCCAGCAAGAGCGUUUUUUUUUCUGUUAAAUUAUAUUUCUUAUACACUCGAUCUAAAUAUUAACCACUUAUUAAUACGUUAUUUACAUGGGACACUGAAUUGAUAUGUUGUGGUGAAACCCAUCAAUGGAUACACUUUUUGCAUAUUUUAAAGUUACUUGUUUGCUGCUAAAAGUAAAGACCAUGCUUGGGACCUUUUUUGUGUUCCUUUAAA